GUUCAGAACUCCUCUCACUUCCACCCCAUUUCAAGAGUCCUCCUCCCACAUACACGUCCACAUUUCUUAAUCCUUUCCAUUUUUCCCAUUUCCCUUCCCAAGUUCACUAUUUUUCUCUCGCCAAUCAUUAUCAAUAUGAAAGUCUCCUUCUGCAUCCUCUCCAUUGUUGCUGCUGCUGCUUCCUUUGCUGCUGCUGCCGAUCCUGACCAGAUCCAAAAGAGCUAUAGCUCGAUUGUCUUCCCUAAGGAUUCUGUUCAGAUCCAACUUCGUCAACAAAAGGAUCAGAGCUCUUAUUUUAAUGCCCUCAAGACCUUCAACAAAUUGAUCAGCCCUCUUGAGUUCCCUGAGCAUGCACUCCCCGCUGCCAUUAUCACCCCUCUUAGAGCCAACAACAAUGGCCUGGGAAAGAUUGUCAAGGUUUCAAGGGAGCUUGGUCUCCGUGUUUCGGCCCGUUCUGGUGGAUACCAAUCUGGCUACUCCUCCAAUAUGGCUGCUGUUGAUAGCAACAGAGAGGGCUUUGUUUUAUUGGAUCUAUCCAAGCUCAACAAGAUCACCAUCAAUGCCAAGGCCCGUACUGCCACUGCUGAGCCUGGUGUCACUGGUUUGGAACUCUACAACGAGACUAUCAAGUACGGUCUUCAUUUUGCUGGCCCCCAUACUGCCCGUGUAACCAUCGGAGGCUUCUUGCUCCACGGUGGCAUGGGUAUCGGAUCGCGCCUUCACGGUUCUGGCGUUGACAACGUCAUUGGCUUUGAUAUCAUCACCGCUGAUGGCCGCACUGUUUAUGCUGACGCCAAGCAUAAUAAGGAUCUCUUCUAUGCUGUCCGGGGAGGUGGACAGUUCUUUGGUGUUGUCACAAAGUUCUACCUGCGCUUGGUUCCUAUGGUCAAGGAGCCCACUUUGGUCCCCACAUAUAAUGCUGAAGACGUCAAGAUCGAUCAAGUGUUCGCCAUUUUUGAUCGUCCUCAGGGCAAGGAUCUUUUGGAUUUCUAUGGCAAGUACGACCCUGAGGCUCCCAAGGCCCUUGAGAACAAGAUUAUCUUUGUCGCUGAUCCAAAGACCAACGAUAAACAGUAUCUCUUCGCUUCCGUCUCAGCUGCCCCUUUCAACAGCUCCAUGGCCGUCACCGAGUCCCAGGGUGAGAUCACUCGAUGGUACAAGUCUCUUCCUACCAACUUUGCUACUUCAGAUCCUACUACCUACAGCGGUGUUAUCCACGGCUCUGAUGCCAGCUGGGCUGAUGACGACUUGUCGUACUAUGCAGAGGACCUCUGGUUCCCCGUUCCCUUGCCUCGUGGUCUUCAGGAGACUUUGAUCAAGCAAUGGGACAAGGUCCCCUCAGCUCUGUCCUCUAUGGCUCUUAACACCGGUACCUGGGACGCCCUUACUAAGAAUGCUUUAGGCUAUGACCGAUCUUACUCUCUUUGCAUCUACUCAACCUGGAAGCGUAACGGUACAGCUUCUUGGGACCAGGCUAACAAGGUUUGGUUGGACGAGACUGUCAAAGCUCUCAAGCCCUGGACUCUGGGUUAUUAUGCAAAUGAGUUGCGUCCAAAGGAGCUCGAGGACCGAAACUACUGGCGCAAGUGCUACGAGAAGAAGACUUACAAAACCUUGCAGACCACUAAGAACCGCUGGGAUCCUGAGAACAUCUUCAAGAGCUUGUAAAAAGAUAUGAGAACAUAUAUAAAAAAAAAAAAUCUCUUCCCUUUACCGCAUACUCAUACAGACCUAAUGACACAUAAUCAUAUCCUGGA